AUGGGGUUAUCGACAACCGAUAUGCGCGAAAUCAAGUCAACAAUCAUCAAUACCUGCAACGAAAAAUUUGUACAAGAAAUUGUGAGUAAAGUCUUACAACUGGUAGAAAAGCAGUUUGAAGAAAGACUUAACAGGAACGAGGAGGAAAUAGAGACUCUUUGUGACAGGGUCGAGAAUUUGGAAAGGGAUAAUAGACGUCUCAUCAUGAAAAUGGACGAUCAAGAGCAAAUGGAGAGAUCCCAAAAUUGCUACAAUAGCACAAGGAACAAAACCACAGAAUUUUCUCCCUACGAACUUGUCUUCGGACAUACAUCUGGUCAUCCCCCAGAACACGUCUACAUUGAAAAGGAAUUGAUGUCUAAAUACCUUCAAGAUAUUCGGAAUAAGCUCGAAUAUUAUUAUAAAAUAGCCCGUUCCAGAACGGACGAACAAAAGCAAAAGGCUAAGGUUCGUUUCGAUAACAGAGUAUCACCGAACCUCCAAACGCACAAAAUUGGUGACAAAGUCUUUGUCAAACAGUCCCAAAUUUCCAAUAAGCUUCAAAAUAAAUUCGAUGGACCAUAUGAGGUCAUUCAAAUAAUGGGAGAGCCAAAUGAAAAGAGAAAUUAUGGACAGUGGUCUGAAGCGGACGUGAAAGCAGCCUUAAAUGUUUUUCGUGAGGGAAGCAUAGGUUUUAAUGAGAUUUGUCGCCAAUACAAUAUCCCAAAGCCAACAUUUAGGAGGCAUUUAAAGUCCUAUAAUGUUAGGGCCAAUGAAUCAAAAAAAAUAAUAGGUCGAUCCUGUACUUUUUUUGCGGAGAUGGAGGAAGACUUGGAAAAGCAUAUUUUAACACUAGUCAAUUUUUUUUUGGAGUGACUAUUCGAGAAGUAAGAAAGGCUGCCAUUGAAUUCGCUGAACGCAAUGGUCUUAAACAUAAUUUUAAUAAAAUCACAAGGAUGGCUGGAAAAAAUGUUUUUAUAGCUUUAUGAGUCGCCAUCCACAACUUUCCUUGAGACAACCAGAAUCAACUUCGAUCGCACGGUGUAAAGGUUUCAACAGAAGCAAUGUUCAGGAGUUUUUCAAUAUUUUAGAACAACUUGUUGACGAUCAUGCUUUGACUGCUCCGAAAAUAUACAAUGUCGACUACACGGGUUUUUAUACCAUACAAAAAAGAUGUCAGAAAGUGCACCAACGGUAAUUUUCAAGAGGAAAAGGAUGGCCCCAGAGCUGGCAGAUGGAGUUCCCCCAGGAUCACUGGUCGAAAUAUCGGAUACUGGUUACAAUAACGCCGAUUUGUUUGUUACUUGGUUAAAACAUUUUAUUGCUGCAGUUAAACCUUCAAAAGAGGAUAGAGUGCUUUUGGUUUUAGAUGGACACACCACACCACAUUCGAGAAAUUUAGGAGCCAUUGAGAUGGCCCGCGAGAAUGGGGUUAUUAUUUUACAGCUGCCAGGUCAUACCACCCACCGUUUACAACCACUUGAUGUGGCAGUAUUUAAGCCAUUCCAG